AUGACUAAAAACGACUCCUGGAAAUCAAAAUCAAACAUAUGUGUUUACUAUCUCAAUACUGGUGGUAUGCGAACAAAAAUACAGAGUUUCCAUCAAGCUCCGAGUUGUUCCUGCUAUGAUAUAGUAAUGAUUGCAGAGACAUGGUUGAAUUCGGAUUAUUCUGAUGCUGAAGUUGGAGUUCCAGAGUAUGACAUUUAUAGAUGUGAUCGUGAAGUGGGGUUAAACACUCUAAAGACGCGUGGAGGGGGUGUAUUAAUCGCAGCUAAAAAAAGCCUUUCUAUCCAAAAAAUCAUAGUUCCUCUUGUUGACUCUGACAUAUAUCAGUUAUAUCUAACAUUUAAAAUCAAAACUCAAAAUUUUGUUAUUGGCUGUGUAUAUAUACCUUCUCCAUCACCUUCUCAGUCUUAUUUAAGGCAUUGUGAAUCUGUUGAAUAUGUUUAUAAUAAUUUUUCAGAUAGUUUGUUUGUGUUGGCAGGUGAUUACAACCUACCACAAGCUAAAUGGGGAAAUGAUGAGCUGGGCUUGACAGUGACUGGCACUGAAAAUGAGUCUGUAAGUAUUGUAGCAAAUUGCUUUAGUUUCCAUAACUUUUUUCAAAGGAAUGAGAUUUUGAACAACAACGGAGUCUCAUUGGACCUGGUUUUUAGUAAUUUGGAAUCUAUUAAUGUCACUCCGGCAGUAGAUAAAAUUUUUGAGAAUAGCUUAAAUCACACAGCUAUCAGUUUUGAACUAGUGUGUGAAGAAAAUCUUGAUUUUAUGAAUUAUGAGGAAUAUUUUUAUGAUUUCAGAAAUGGUGACUACUUUUCAAUAAAUAAUUAUUUAGCAAGUAUAAAUUGGGAGGGACUGUUUCUUAGUGGUACAGCUGAUAGUAUGGUGGUCAUUUUUUAUGAUAUAAUUUACUCAUUGAUAGAACACUUUGUUCCACUUAAGAAAUAUAAGAUCUCUACCUUUCCCUCUUGGUUCUCCUCAGAGCUGCGUAACCUAAUUGUAUGUAAAAAACAGGCCCACAAACAAUAUAAAAUUAGUAAUAGGCAAGAUGAUUAUGACCGUUUCGUGGCUUUAAGAAAUCAGUGUGAAAUUUUAAGAGCAGACUGUCAGAAACAGUAUUUAGAUAGGAUACAAAACAAUAUUUCCGAUAAUCCAAAAUAG